AUGGAGAUGCCUCAAACUAGGGAAACUAGCAGUUGCAAUUUACCAAGGAGUUGCUCCUUGAAUAUGUUCUGCCUCCUCCUCCAUCUCCUUGCCAUCACCACCCUGCCUUGCUCUGACAACAACACCACCCAACUGGUCUAUGACACAGAAGGCAACGAGCUAAAUAGCAAGUCAAAUUACUACAUCCUCCCAGCCAAACCUGCGAGCAGUGGCGGCCUCAAAGCCGUCCCGACCGAUCUACGGUGCCUACAUUUUGUGGUCCAGGAGCGCAGCGAGACUCUCCUCAGCACACCCCUGCGAUUCACUCCGUUGCCAGAACAUGCUUCUGCCACUGAGCCGAUCCGCCUGUCGAGUGACAUAUGGAUCGAGUUCCACGACUUGAGAAGCUUUUGCUCUGAUGUGCUAGAUUGGCACCUUACCGGACAGGUGCCGGAGUCGUCAUCGGGAGAGCCUAAACACGUGGCCGCCGGCAGUGAAGAGGGCCUAAGAUCGUUUGCGGUGUUCCGGGUUGAGAGGCAUGGCAUAGAUCUCUCGGGAUAUAAGAUAGUUUCAUGUGUUGACAAGGGGCCAUGCAGAGACCUAGGUUUGCAUGUUUAUAAGGAUAAGACAUGGCUAACUAUAAGCGAUAAACCUUUUAUGGUUGUGUUUAGGAAAAGGACUAUAUAG